AUUUCCAAUCAAACAUGAGCCUCCACUUUGUGCUCUUUCACAGUUCUCUUAACUAUUUGUAUCUAGCUGCAAUUGCAAGUUUAACUGCAAUUCUAAUAUCAAUUGGAUGUACAUCUGGACACCGGGAAAAUCAACGACACAAGGAUCGGAGUGAUAUGGAGAGCAAAUGGAGUUUGAAGAGCUUCAAAAGUAAGAAGAAGCUGAGAAAAGUGAAUGGUGAUAAGAUUAAAAAGAGCAAGAAGAGUAAGAAGAGUAAGAGAAAGGAGGUAACAGUAGAUAAAGAGGAUAAUGAAGAUGAGAAGAAAGAUGAAAAUCUGGAGAAGAAGUUGAAGAAGGAUGAUGGAAGCUCGCGGGAAAAAGUGGAAGACCAGGAACAGUCUAGGAAAAUUGAUAGAAGUAUCAAAGAUCGUAACCCCAAAAGUUUGGAACAAAAAAGUCAUCAGAAAAAUGUUGGUGAAGGAUCAAAGCGUACUAGUAGCUCUAGAAAGCCAGAAGAACCAGAACGUAGCAGAAGAGAUGAUAGAAAUCGUUUAAGAAGUGAAAAAACAGCCCAGGGCAGUUCGAAAAGCCUUCGGAAACAAGUGAGCAAUCGGAGCAAGAGAAGUUCAAGUGACAGGGAAGAACGGGAAAAGCCAAAGAUGAUUUCAAGCACGAAGAAUAUUAAAAGCAAGGAGUCCAGUAACGAAAAGAGCCAACGUGGAAGUAUUCGAACAAGUGCAGUGAAGCAAGUGCAACCAAAAUCUGGUUCCAAGCGAGGAUCAGUCAGAGAGAGCACGACGAAGAAGCAGUUAUUGGAAAAGAAUGAAAGCAAGAAAGCUCCAUCCGUGAAAGAUGAUAAGAGUUCCAAACCCGCGCCAAAAAACCCAAGUUGUGAACGUACUCUAAUGAAAACUCAACCAUUGUCUGAAGCUCGAUCGAUCUACGUUGGAACAGGACAGUCGACAUAUGAAUCGAAGCCAGAAAAAAGUAAUGGUGGAUCGAUUUACGCUACAGCUUUACCUGCAAUAGUUCCACCGGAUCAGGUUCAAAAAGCUUCUUCAAUUCGUAAACCUGCUACAGUGACACCCGACAAGUCAAUCAAAAAGUCUGCUAGCAGAAAGAGGUCGGAAAAACAAGAAAUGCAACUUGUCCGGUAUGAAUUGACACCAAAAAAGUCGAAGAAGUCUGCAAAAAUAAUUCAUCACGCAGCUCUUCCUCCAAACAUGAUGAAAACUUCUUCUAAGCCUAAUCCAUCUCCAUCUAAGAAAACUCAAAAAGCAAAGGAGAAAGCUAAAAAGAGGUCGAAAAAUCUGGGAGCAAAAAAGUCGUCGAGCACUGUGAAAGCCGAGCCGAAACGAUCGAAAAAUCAAAAAUGAAAUGGCUUGAAACGUUGGAAAAGUAGAGUCUCCAGUAUGAAAGUUUGCAUGUAUUGUCUCCAUUGUCUCUUUACGAAAUUGAACUAUUACUCGUGUAUUUGUAGUAUUCGAAUAAAAACUGAAGAGAAAA